AUGGUGCACUUCGAUCUGCUGCGGUACUGCCGCAAGAAGCGCAAGACGCCCCAGGGUGGUGCGAUCCUGGACCAGGUGAUCUCGCAGUCGGCCUCGGCCUCGAACCAAUGUCUGCUGUACAAGAUGGCGAACUAUAAGCGCGGCGGCGACCUGAUCGAUGCGUUCCAGAUCGGCGGCCAGAAGGCGGUGGAGCAGCUAAUCCGCGAGCAGUUCGGCGUGUUCAUGUACAGCAAGGGUCGCGGCCAGAUCAUCAACCGGGCCGAGUACCUACGGUGGAAGUACAUGGACAACCACGAAGUAAUCAUCCCGAUCGAAGCCUCACUAUCGCCACACGACCCGCUGGGCAAAUGGGAGGACCAUAAGGCCUGUUGGCAGAUGCAGUACCGUGGUUUGCUGGGCGAAAGCCUCCUGCAUGUGCUCAUCAUCUGCGACACUAAGAUACAUACGAAGCUCGCCCGUAUCUUGUUGCGCGUAUUUCCGGAGCAGGCCAUCGAUGUGAUGGAGGGCGAGGAGUAUCUGGGCGCCAGUGCGCUCCACCUGGCGAUCGCCUACAGCAACAACGAGCUGGUCGGCGAUCUGAUCGAUGCCGGGGCGGACGUGUCGCAGCGCGCGACCGGUCGCUUCUUUCUGCCCCGCGACCAGCAGGGACUGCGACCGGCAAAGACGACCGAUUACGAGGGGCUGGCGUACCUGGGCGAGUAUCCGCUCGCGUGGGCCGCCUGCUGCGCCAACGAGUCCGUCUACAAUCUGCUGCUCGAGUGCGGGGCCGACCCGAACGCCCAGGACACCUUCGGUAACAUGAUCCUGCACAUGGUGGUCGUCUGCGAUAAGCUGGACAUGUUCGGGUACGCCCUGCGCCACCCGAAGCUACCGUGCAAGAAUGGGAUCGUGAAUGGGGCCGGCCUGACCCCGCUUACCCUCGCCUGUCGCCUCGGCCGUGACGAGGUGUUCCGCGAGAUGCUGGAGCUGUCGGCGCGUGAGUUCUGGCGGUACAGUAACAUCACCUGCUCCGGUUACCCGCUGAACGCGCUCGAUACGCUCAUGCCGGACGGUAGCACCAACUGGAACUCGGCCCUCUUCAUCAUCCUGAACGGCACGAAGGAGGAGCACCUGAACAUGCUGGACGGUGGCAUUGUCGAGCGGCUGCUGGACGAGAAGUGGAAAACGUUCGCCCGCAACCAGUUCAUCAAGCGGCUGCUCAUCCUCGCCAUCCAUCUGUUCUGUCUGUCCUGCUCGGUCUAUCUGCGCCCGGUUCGCGUGUUCGACGACGAUGAUGGCGAUGGCGACGGGGGGGACGGUGACGAUGGGGAUGGAUCGUCGUCCGGUUCGGGUGGUGCCGACGGGGCCGAUACAGGCGCUGGAUCUGCGGAACUGUCCGGUGCGGAUGCCGAGAUCGACUUAACCACCUGGAUCCGGUACGGCUUCGAGGUGGCCACCGUGAUGGGUGUGCUGAGCUACGUUGUGCUGCAGCAGGGCGAUGAAAUCAAGAACCAAGGUUUCUUCUCCUUCCUGAAGUCGCUGGGUCAAGCACCGGCCAAGGCGAUCUUUCUCAUCUCGAACAUCCUCAUCCUGGCGUGCAUCCCGCUGCGCAUGAUGGGUGACACGGAAACCGAGGAGGCAAUCCUGCUGUUCGCCGUACCGGGCAGCUGGUUUCUGCUUAUGUUCUUUGCCGGCGCUAUCGGACUGACCGGACCCUUUGUGACGAUGAUCUUCUCCAUGAUCACCGGUGAUAUGUUCACGUUCGGUAUCAUCUACAUGAUCGUGCUGUUUGGCUUCUCCCAGGCGUUCUACUUCCUCUACAAGGGCCACCCGAACGCGGAAGACUCACCGUUCGGGAGCUACUUCGGCACCUGGAUGGCACUCUUCCAGACCACGCUCGGUGACUACGACUAUGCCGAUCUCAACCUGACCACCUACCCGAACCUGGCGAAGACGGUGUUCGUGAUCUUCAUGAUCUUUGUGCCGAUCCUGCUGCUCAACAUGUUGAUCGCUAUGAUGGGCAAUACGUAUGCGUACGUUAUCGAGCAGGCCGAGAAGGAGGGCAUGAAGCAGUGGGCCAAGAUCGUGGUCAAUCUGGAACGGGCGGUCACGCAGGACGAUGCGAAACGCUACCUGGAGGAGUACUCGAUCGGGCUGGGCCCAUCGGAUGAUCCGCGGUACGAAACGCGCGGCGUAAUGGUGAUCAAGAGCAAGAGCAAGACGCGGGCUCGGCAGCGCAAGGGUGCGGUCAGCAACUGGAAGAGCGUGCUGCGGGUGACGCUGAACGAGCUGAAGAAGCGUGGCAUGACGGGGGAAGAGCUGCGCCGGAUCAUGUGGGGCCGCUCGUCCAUCACGUCGCCCGCCAAGAUCGCGAAGAAGAAGCGACGGGCGGGAGCGGAGGCUGACGAUCUGUCCGAUCCGUUCGCCAUCACGGCCGCCAUCGACGUGAUGUCGUUCACGCAGGACAUCGUGAUGGUGAGCACGGAGGUGACGCCGGCGCCCUUACUGGUAGGCCCCAUGAUGGGACAGGGAGCGACGCCGUUGGCACGGCCCCUGGGGACGACAACAAUGAUGACGACAACGACAACAACGACGACGACGGCAGCGGUAACGAAACCUGCCACGGUGGUGGCACUACCGGCAUCGGCCUCAGCCGCUGUCACGCCUGCCCUGGUCAAGCGGCACUCGGUAGCCAGUGCACCGGGCGCCCUGGAUGAUCCGGGGUGGGAAGGAAAACACUACAAGGAUCCGUUGCGCGAGCUGGUCAUGAUCUCCGACUCGGCAUCGGUAGACGAGAACUAUGCGCUGAACGUGAAAACGCUCGCCAUCGACGCCUCCACGCUCGACCACGUGCACGAGGUCGACGUGAGUCAGAUGCCGGCUGUGGCGGCUGCGAUGGCCGGCCCUGGCUCGUGCAGUACUACCAGACCGACCACACCGGCUACCACCAUGGCCACCGGGGCGUCACAGCAACAGCAGCAGCAGCAGCACCAACAACCGUCGCAGCAGCAACAGAAUCUAGGCCAGCUAACGCUGUUCCAGAACCCGAAGGACGUCGUCGAUCCGGUGAAGGAGCGCGAGUUCCUCAAAACGCUCGAGGCGCUCGAGGAUACGGACAGUGAGGCGGGCGAGAAGCCGGUGCUCGGUAAGAUUUCGCUGAUCCGGCGCGCCAAGUCGGCCGUUUCGCGCAGUACCUCGCGCAAGCGCAAAACCGAUCAGCAUCCGCUGUUCAUGAUCGCCUGGGAGGAUAAGGCGCAGCUCGAUCACUCACCGUCACUGACCGGUUGUGUGGGUGGUACUGCGAGUGGUGAUGCACCGUUGCUGCUGCUGAUGGAUGGAUCCCGUGCACCCGCGUGUACCAGCAGCAGCUCGCCGUACCACCAGCAUGCUGGUCCGACGGACGGUGCAAACGAGGACAACGAGGAUGCGGUAACGGUGGAAGAGCUGCACCGUCGAAUGGAACAGUUUCAUCAGCGCAGCCGAUCGUCCUCCGACCGGGACCACCACCGGGGCCAUGGGCACGUGAACUCCAGUGAAAGCUCGAGCCGGCAUACGGCCGGCAAGGGGCGCAAAACGGGUGCACAUCAUGGCACCCAUCACCCCCAACAGCAGCAGCAUGGGUUGGCGCGCGGCAAGCACAACAAAAUCUCUCCCGACACCUCAAAUGAGAGCACCAGUGGUGGCAAUGGCAUCGGCAAGCAGGACAAACGCAUGAAGUCGGCUCCUAUAGUGGGAGCCGGCGUUUCCACGCGCCAGCGUACCGGUGGUAGCGGCAGCGGCGGUGCCGCCACUAGGGGUGACGACGAUGGAAGCCGAGCGCCCGAUGCCGAGCGGAACGCCUCGUCACCACCAGACCCGCUCGAACCUUGGAGCACCAGGAACAUCAUGAACAUCAACAAGCUACUGGAUCAGGACACAACCGAAGAGUAGACACACUUGACACUUCCGUUACUAGUUCUUAAUAUACUAGUACUCUCGUUAACGUAUGCACCAGUUAGUGCAAGCUUCCAUCAGCCGACUCAACGUGAGCUAUACCAUUUUCCAAUUUCUACU